CAUCGACAACUUCUAGUAUUUUGAUAGAAUUUUCCUUUGUAUCUGUUAUUUUAGGAAAAAUAAUUGACGUGUUUAUUUCAUGCCACACGGUUCAUAACACGCAAAUUUUAAUUUAUUUAUAGAAAUUAGCAAACUCGUAAUUAAGUGUGUAAGGGUAUAAUUUGUAAAAAUGAUACAUUUACGUUGUAUAGGAAUAUUAUUACUGGCGGUUGGGUCGUAUGCUCUUUAUGACUCUUCAUCAGAUGUGGUACAAUUAACACCAAGUAACUUUGAGAAGCUUGUCACAAAUUCAAAUGAAGUGUGGAUCAUAGAAUUCUUUGCACCUUGGUGUGGGCACUGUAAGAAUCUUGUUCCCGAAUAUAAAAAAGCAGCUCGAGCCCUUAAAGGAAUUGUCAAAGUAGGUGCUGUGGAUGCUGAUCAGCACAGGGAUCUCGGUCAGAAAUAUGGAGUCAGUGGAUUUCCAACUAUUAAAAUAUUCACGGGCAGUAAACAUACUCCAUAUCAAGGACAGAGGACGGCGGAGGCGUUUGUGGAUGCAGCAUUGAAGGCAGCUAAAGAAAAAGCUUAUGACAACCUUGGAAAGAAAACUGGCGGAUCCAGUUCUGACAAGUCAGAUGUUAUCACUCUAACAGACAGCAAUUUCAAGGAGAUGGUUCUUGAUAGUGAUGACAUGUGGCUUGUUGAGUUCUAUGCUCCAUGGUGUGGACAUUGCAAGAAUCUGGAACCCCACUGGGCAAAGGCUGCAACCGAGCUUAAAGGAAAGGUAAAACUCGGAGCCGUCGAUGCCACAGUUGACCAAAUGAUGGCUUCCCGCUACCAAGUGCAAGGAUAUCCGACCAUCAAGUUCUUCGCUGGUGGUAAAAAGACCAGUGAUAGUGUAGAAGACUAUAAUGGAGGCAGAACUUCCAGCGAUAUCGUCAGCUGGGCCCUUGAAAAACUUGCUGAAAAUGUACCAGCACCUGAAGUAUUGGAGGUAACAGAUGAAGAAGUGAUGAAAGGUUGUAGUGAUAAGCCACUCUGUGUGGUAUCAAUUUUGCCUCACAUCCUUGAUUGUAAUGCCGCUUGCAGAAAUGACUACAUCGCGAUAUUGAAGCGCCUUGGAGAUAAAUACAAAAGCAAGAUGUGGGGCUGGGUCUGGUCAGAAGCCGGUGCACAUCCAUCGCUUGAAGAAUCUCUGGAAAUGGGAGGCUUUGGAUAUCCAGCCAUGGCCGUCGUCAAUGCUAAGAAACUCAAGUUCUCUACUUUACGUGGAUCAUUCUCUGAGACCGGCAUCAAUGAAUUUUUAAGAGAUCUAUCUUUCGGUCGUGGGCAGACAGCGCCAGUAAGAGGUGCUGAAAUGCCUAAAAUCUCCAAGAACGAGCCUUGGGACGGCAAAGAUGGCGAAUUACCGCUAGAAGAGGACAUUGAUCUCUCGGACAUUGAUCUCGAGAAGGAUGAGCUAUAAUGUGCCAGGGGGUUAUUGACCUUUUAGCAGUAUUACGAUUUUUUAUUAACAUUGCUAUAGAGCAAAAUAAAGUUUUGUUACUCUGAACAUAUUUUGUUGUAUGUCAAUCAUAGUGGUGUACUUCUUCAAUUUUAUUUUUUAACUAAAUAUUUUUUACUGAAAACCAUAGCGAUAUUAUAAAUAAUAAUUAUGAAAUAGUUAUUGAAUUACGGUAUAUAUGCUUGUAAAAUAGUUUUUUCUAAGUAAUUAAUUAAAAUUGCCAUAUAUAAUGGAUAUGAUAAAAUCUUUAGUAAAUGUGUCAUUGUAUCAUAUCUCUUGUAGUCUAAAAAUGGUCCUAUUAUGUCUCUGAAUAGUAACGUUCAGCAAUUCAAAAAAUCAAACAAAUACUGCUAAGUGUCACAUUACUCCACAGAACUGAUUAGACUAAGUUCUGUCAUGAAAUUGUCUAUUAAAAAUCUCUUAAGAUUUUUACAUACUUACUAAAUUGUACUAAAAAAUAACUUUUAUAAUUAACUCUCAUAAUACUUAAAUAAUUAGUGAUUGCUGUUUUUACAAUUUUUAAACACUGCCAAAAUUAUUGUUGAUAAUUUUGUGAAAAAAUUAACAUAUCUUAAGAGGAUAAAUGUUGUUAAAAUUGAGUCAUCCCUUUUGCCGAAUCUAAUAAAAAUUAAUAACACAAAUACUAAUUUUUAAAUACUUAUAAUCUUAAUGUUACAUAAUAAUAAAGCUUCCAGUCUGAUUAAGAAGAUG